GAUUUUCAACGAAGCACUACGUGCCGCUCUCAAGAAGAGGACUUACGCGGGAGAGACAGAACAGUUUAGACUAAGAUGGAGAAUAAGGGGCGAUUCGACAGUGAACUGCAGCUGAAACGGCGCCUGGAGCAGGUCACUGAUGAGUCUUUGGAAAUUACCCGACGCAUGGUGCAGCUGGUGGAAGAGAGUAAAGAUGCCGGAAUUCGGACCCUGGUGAUGCUGGAUGAGCAAGGAGAGCAGCUAGAACGGGUUGAUAAAGGUCUGGAGCAGAUUAAUCAGGAUAUGAGGGAAGCGGAGAAGAACCUGACUGAUAUGGGGAAAUGUUGUGGACUCUGCUCUUGUGACAGACUGAUGAACAGCUCCACGUACAGAAAAGUGUGGGGUAAAUCCAAUGAUGAAGUGGUCUCCAGUCAACCUUCUCAUGUUACUGAUGAAAGAGAACGCAUGAGGAUGAGUGGGCGUUACAUCAGAAGAAUAACGAAAGAUCCUCGUGAAGAUGAAAUGGAGGAAAAUUUAAAUCAAGUUGGGAGCAUUCUAGGCAAUCUCCGUAGCAUGGCUCUGGAUGUUGGGAAUGAGAUCGACACUCAGAACAAACAAGUUGACAAAAUCAUGGAGAAGGUUGUAGUGAAUGAAGAUCGAAUAAAGGAGGCCAAUACUAAAGCCAAAAAGAUCCUUAAGAGCGUCUGAGACUUUUUUGCAGUAGCAUUCCGAUCUGUGAUGAGUAGGUCUCUCUUUUUUCCGACCCCACUUUUUUGUCUGGGUCCCUCUGGGGGUGCCUUUAUAUUGUACAGUAAUGAAUCCUAAUAUGAGGGCCGUGAUUGCUCGAAGAUGAAGUAUAAACCUAUUGCUUGUGCCUUGUGUGUAGGAAGUGAAACUCAGUCAUGCAUUAAAAAUGAUGGAAAGGAAAAUUGUAUUUACCAUUGCAAAUGUUCUG